CCUUACAAAGCCAUCCAAAACAUUAAUCAACCCCCCAAAAGCAUCGCAUACCAAAUUCAAAAUUAUGUCGACCCAAUCCUUUCAGGCAGCACAAACUGCGGUAGCCGCCGCAAUUCCUAAGCAAACGGUGCGCGGUCCUUCCAUCGGCGGCAGCAGCAGCUCAUUGAGCUUUACCCAUCCUCGUUGCACUAGUUUGUGCGACAAGCAAGCAGCAGUACUACAGCUGCGAGCUGCAUCAUCGUCUGCGCACACAAAGAAGUUCAAUCACUUGCUGGCGGCAGCAGCUAAGGACGACGACAUCGACAUUGCCGUGGCAAGUGUCGACGAAGAACAGCUGGAUCGCUCAGCGGCGGCGGCCGAAUCGGUUCAUGGAUUUCUGGUCCAGCAGGGGCGGGUUCACAGGCAACGUGUUAUGGUUAGAUCGUUUGACAUUGACAAGCACAAGAAAGCAACCAUUGCUGCACUGAUGAGACAAAUACAGGAUUCGGCAUGUAACCAUGCCACAAGUUUAGGGGUAGAGCUAGAGAGUUUCGCUUCGACGCCGUUUAUGACGAAAAACAACCUCGGUUGGGUCAUCACUUCGAUACAAAUGGUGGUGGAUCAAUAUCCUUCAUGGCGUGAUGUAUUGCAAGUGGACACGUGGACAUACACGGUCGGGAAGAACGGGUUGGCUAAUGAUUGGGUGAUCAUAAAUGAGAAGACCGGUGAAACCUUAGUCCGAGCUACCAACACGUGUGUAAUGAUGAACUACGAGACGAGGAGGUUACACAAGUUCGUGCAGGAAGUGAGGGACGAGCUGGCCUGUCGAAUUGUGCCGGUCGAAGAGUCUGUAGUCCCCAAGAACGAACAAAGACUGCCUCGGCUGGAUUUCGAGACGGCUGAUUGCGUCACCAGUGGCCUAACGUCAAGGUGGUUCGAUUUGGACGUGAAUCACCAUGUGAAUAACGUCAAAUACGUGGACUGGAUCCUCGACAGCGUCCCACGCUCGCUCCCCGAGGGGCACGAGCUUCAUGCAAUGACGAUCGAGUUCAGAAAAGAGGUUGCGAUAGAUACCGUUGUGCAUUCUCUUUCCAAACUGAAGUAUGAAGAUAAUGCAGCCGCCGGAGGGAAUGGGGAUGGCGACGGCCACGGCGAUGCUCCGGUGGAGGUGGACCAUUUGCUGUGUCUUGAGGAUGGGUCUGAAAUAUUGAGGGCAAGGACAACGUGGAACCCUAAACAUCUUGUCAACUAAUUCACUAAACAUGUACUACCGGAGGCGCUGAUGAAUUCGUUGACUUUUCUUUGUGCAUGUUUUGCGCUUUCCCUUCUUCACGUUGUAUUUUUUAUUCUGCCUUGGAAAUGCAGCAUUAGCAAUUUUCAGGGAUUUGUGUUGUAUUUUAUUCGAUUUAUAAAUUUUCCCCCUUUGUACGUAGCUGUUGGUAUUUUGAUUUAUUGCUCUAGCACAUGUAUCAAAUUAGAUUUUUGUGAUUGUAUUUACUCUAUAUUAUGUUAUACAGUUGUCUGUAACUUUACUCUAUAGAUGACUAAUAUUGGGUUAUAGGUUUAAUAUGCUAUUCUACUAUGCAUUUUCAUCCAAAAACCGUCAUCCACGGCCAAACCUUGGCCAACAAAUUUUGAUCCUGUAUUUUUUCUAAAAGAAAUUUGUAGAUCUUAUAAAUCAUGAUAAAAUCG